ACAAAAAGAGAGUGAAAGAGAGGCAGCAAGACGGCAAGCCGAGAGCCGAUUGUGUUGUGAACGAAUACGACGAUUACGACGAGAGCGACGAGUACAUACGAGUCGUCUAAAAAAGUUAUGGAUGGCAAUCAGUGGCAUUUGUGUUUAGUGUGUGAAUUGCCUACUAGCCGGGAAAUCAAUAAAUAAAUAAUAUUUCUGAGGCUGAUAGAUAGUAAAAUUUUAAUAGCAGUGAUUUUAUUAUACAACACGUGAUAACAUCUAUCUUCCAUCAUUUCCAAGUGCAGUGUUGACGAAAAAUAAUUGAAGAACGUUGUGUACUACGAUCCUAAAAUUUUAGGAGCCAUUUACACAUGGCGAGAAGUCACGUAGACUUUUCUUUUGUUGAUAAAAUGUUCGUGGCUAUCUGAUUGUGGAAAUAAAGAUAAUUAUUUGUGCUGUGAGAAUAUCUAACUAACUACAGUGCUCAACAAUGGAUAGCAAGAAUAUCCAAAAAAAUGCUAUGCAGAAAAGCGCAGAAUUUACUUUUCGAAUACCACCGGAGGCACCCGUAUUCGAACCUACGCCUGAAGAAUUUUUGGACCCAUUGGGAUAUAUCGCCAAGAUUCGACCAGCUGCUGAAAAAACGGGAAUAUGCAAAAUAAAACCACCUGCGCGAUGGCAGCCCCCGUUUUCGUUAGAUGUCGAUAAAUUAAAGUUCGUCCCACGAAUACAGAAAGUAAACGAACUGGAAGCCAUAACGCGUUUGAAACUUUUGUUUCUUGAGAAGAUAUUAAAGUUUUGGGAUCUACAAGGCUCUUCUCUUAAAAUUCCUAUGAUAGAAAAUAAAACGUUAGAUCUUUAUUGCCUAAAGUUUUGGGUCGAUGAAGAAGGGGGAUUUGAAAAUUGUAACACACCUAAAAAAUGGCGUAAGAUCGCCAACGCCAUGGGAUACAGUCAGAAUGCCAAUACAAUGAAUUUUCUCAGAAGUAAUUAUGAGAAAAUAUUGCUUCCUUACGAAAUAUUCGAGAAAAGCAAAGCAGAUAUAUUGAAAACUGUAAAAAAGACUGAACCUAAAAACGAAAUCAAAGAUGAACAUGAUAAUAGUAAACCACUGUUUAGAGAAAUAUCAGUGGAAUCCAUCACUAAACAAAAACACGAAAAUGAUUUCAAAGAGGAAAAACCAAAUACAAGCUUUAUCAAAAAAACAAAAACAGGAUCUGAUAUUAAAAUUGACCCAGAUUUUAAUAACACUGAAGAAAUUAAACGUAAUAGAGAAUUAAGAAGACUAGCUUGCUAUGGCCCGGGACCAAAAAUGCCAGGGCUAAAUGAUGAAGAGUUUGAUAUCACAAAAUGUAGAAAAAGACCCAGAUAUGAUUUAGACCCUUUGGCAAUUUACAUGUGUGCUAUUUGCCAAAAGGAUAAUAGAGAUGACCAACUCCUGAUAUGCAAUAGUUGUAAUGAAACCUACCACACUUUUUGUCUAAAACCACCACUAAAUAUGAUACCUGAUGGUGACUGGCGUUGUCCAUGUUGUAUUGCAGAGGAGGUUCAUAAGCCUGCAGAAGCAUUUGGAUUUGCUCAAGCUGAAAGAGAAUAUACUCUUCAACAAUUUGGAGAAAUGGCAGAUAAAUUUAAAUCAGAUUACUUUGGAAUGUCUGGUCAUUUAGUUCCAACAUCUGUUGCAGAAAAAGAAUUUUGGAGAAUUAUAUCAUCAGUAGAAGAGGAUGUUACAGUGGAGUAUGGUGCUGACCUGCAUUCAAUGGAUCAUGGUUCAGGCUUCCCUACAAAGUCCUCAUUAAAUCUAUAUCCAGGUGAUCAGGAGUAUGUAGAUUCUGGAUGGAAUUUGAACAAUCUUCCAGUCUUAGAUGGUUCAGUAUUAAGAUUUAUAAAUGCCGACAUUUCUGGUAUGACUGUGCCAUGGAUGUAUGUUGGUAUGUGUUUUUCUGCAUUUUGUUGGCACAAUGAGGAUCAUUGGAGUUAUUCUAUCAAUUAUUUACAUUGGGGUGAAGCAAAAACUUGGUAUGGAGUUCCAGGAACUGGAGCUGAAUUAUUAGAAACUGCCAUGAAGGCUGCUGCCCCUGACCUAUUUAAAUCUCAGCCAGAUUUGCUGCACCAGUUAGUUACUAUAAUGAAUCCUAACAUACUCAUGGAUGCAGGUGUUCCCCUGUACAGGACUGAUCAAAAUGCUGGAGAAUUUGUUGUUACUUUUCCUAGAGCAUAUCAUGCAGGCUUUAAUCAGGGUUAUAACUUUGCUGAAGCAGUAAAUUUUGCACCUCCUGAUUGGCUUAGAAUUGGUCGUGAGUGUAUUAUCCACUAUAAAAAUUUAAAAAGAUUUUGUGUAUUUUCUCAUGAUGAACUUAUUUGUAAGAUGGCACUUGAAGGUGACCGGUUAGAUUUGGAAACUGCUUUAGAAACCCAAAAAGAAUUGGCUCGAGCAACUGAUGAAGAGAGUGCACUGAGGCAAAAGAUAUGGAACAAAGGUUUGGUGACCAAAAAGAGAACUGCUUUUGAGUUACUUGGUGAUGAUGAACGGUUGUGUGAAGUAUGCAAAACCACUUGCUUUUUGUCUUCUGUUUCAUGUCCUGAUUGCAAACAUAUGUCAUGUUUACAACAUGCAGAAGAGUUUUGUCAGUGUCCAAUGCAACAGAAAGUUUUGAAUUAUCGAUAUGAUAUGGAAGAGUUGUUUAUUAUGUUGCAAACUAUUGAUUUUAGAGUCAACAGUUUUCAUAAGUGGAUGGCUGAUGCAAAAAAUAUACUACUGCCAACUGCUCCAGAUAUUGGUCGACUCCAGAAACUGAAAGUAUUAAUAGAUGAAGCAGAUGAACUCAAAAUUCCAAAAUCCUCAAUACUAGACCAGUUGAAAGAAGAGUAUACAAAAGCUACAGAAAAUGCGGAACCUAUUGUAAUUGAGUUAGAUGAUGAUUGAAAUCAUUCAGAAGGAAUUUGAUGUAGUACAAACUAAUUUGGCUAAUAGAUACUAAAAUUGCACAUUUAGAUAAUUUGAUGUAGAAUAUAAACAAAACCAGGCUUCCUUCAUUUAUAGUUUUUUAAUUUUAUUGGUAAAUAAAAUAUCAAUCAAAUUAAAAUUCUGUUAAAUCUUGUCAGUUAUUAAUAAUUGUAAUAAAUUUCUUCCUUUAUGUUUAAUAAAUUUUAAUUUCUGAAAAUUAAAAGGGUGUCAAUUGCAAUUCAACAUUAAAAAACUAAAAGAUUUAUAUGCCAAUAAUUUUAAUUUUGAAUCAAAAUUUAAAUUAAGAAACCCUAGUCUAACCCUGUUUCUACAACUAAUUGAAAUUGAAAAUUAAAAUCCCAAAGUUUUCAACGAAAUAAAUGAUACUUGCAUAAUUUUAUAAGACGGUACUAAACACAAAAAAUAAAUAAAUACUUUACACUUUGGGGUUUUAAGUAGUUCAAAUUUUAUUAACUGACACUCCACUGUACAUACCUAUUUUUCCGUAGUUCCAGGUGUCCUAUAUGUUUGACACUAAUUUUGUCAUACCAAAUUAGUACCUACUUCUUAGGAUAUUAUUAUUAAUAAGCUUUAAAGAUAUAUUGUGUUAUUAUUAGUGCCCCCACUACUAUUGUAAGUUAUUGUCUGUAUGAUUGAUAAAUCUAUUGGGUACUGUAAAUAUUUUUUCAUGAUAAAAUAUUGUGGUAUUAAUAGUAAAAUUUAAUAAUGUUUUAUAAUAUUUUUUCUUUCAAAUAUUGCUAGUGUUCCCACCGUACCACAAUAUUGUAAUAUUAUUUAUGUGAUAUGAUUGAGUUAUUAUAAAGUUUACAAUAGUCAUCUGGCUGGAGGCAUGGUCAUGGUCUAGAGUUAUUAUGUUUAUUUUAAGUUAUACAUAUUUUCAACUAAUUGUCAUAGAGAGAUCAUUUAGAGUGAUGAUAAAGGAAGUAAUGUUUAUUUGGCCAACGAUCAUAAACAUCCUAGUUAAUAUAAAAGAUAGUCUUUGCAGAUGGUGAGAUAGCGCAUCUUGCAUACAUACUCGUAUAACAUUCAAAACGAGUGUGAAUAUUAUUAGGUAUUAUUAAUUAUGUAUUUCGUUUUCUUCUGAAUUUCUGAUCUCAGUAUAAAAUCUUUCAUAAUAUUUAGUCUUAAUAUUUCGUAGUAAAGCGAUUAUUACUUAAAUGUACCUAUGUAAGUUUAAUCAUUUUCGUUAUGAAUAAAUGUGAACAUGAAAAAAUUCAAAUCAUAGCUUCAUUGCAUACUAUUUAAACUAGGUAUUUUUAUUUAUCUGACAAAUAAUCGACUAAGCGAUAAAGAGUAAUUUUGUAAAAGAGGGUUUCUACGGAAUCUUUUAAAGGCUAUGAAAUGUAUGUAAAUGUUGAGUGUUCAAGUACUUUUUCGUGGGGUAUCUGUGUAUGUUCACAAUUACAAUUAAUUUAGCCAUUAGGUAGCUAAUAGGUAUUGCUUUUAAGUAUUACAUAAGUGUAAACAAUUAUCUUACUUUCCUUAGCAUUAUUUUGUAUUAGAAUUAAUUUGAAUUAUGCCAUUGUUUGACUGAUUGCUUGUAUAUUUAUAUUUUUGUAUGGCAAAUAUCACAACUAUUUAGCUUGAGCGUAGCUAUAAUAUUAUGUUCAUUUUCAUAAGUUUUUAUUUGCACUGUGAUUGAAACUAUUUUG